CCGGCCGCCGCUAUUUGUUUGUGGGUUCAUUUGUUUUCGGAAGGAAGUCGCAGUUGUAGUCGCGAUUUUACAGCGCGCGAAACUCAAAGCAACUCUUCGCUCACAUUCACAACUCCUCCUCCUUCAGCAGAAUACGCUUCAAUUUCCUGCUAAUUUCUUCACUCUCCAGCUUCUAUAUUAACCCUGUAGAGGAGGAGCCCAGCUUAAAUGGAAGCCAUAGCCAGCCAAUUACCCUAAACCCACCAAGCCAGACAUGCGUUUUCUUCACCACAAUCAGUGUUUCCAUAGCCCCCUCACCAAGCUCUCUUCCCUUUCGUCCUCAUUCAAUCUAAUGGGUUCCAUUCCCUUGUGCAAGUCCCCUUCUCUGGUGUUCCUGUCUCACAUUUCUUCUUCUUCUUAUUGUUCUUGGCAGAGGAAUUUCCUGUACAGAACCAAUCUUCUUCUCCAUGGUUCAUUUCCUGUGCAACCCAUGUCCCCUCGUAAACCCUUUUCCAUGAAAACAAAUGGGGUCUCUCCUUUUACUUCUCAUGCCAAUGUUCCCGGGCCCCCAGACGAGGGUUUAAGCUCGACUCAAUUGAAUGUUUUGAGGAAAAAAUUGGAGGAACUUAACAUCAACACCGAAUCUUGUGUUCCAGGGCAGACGAACCACCUGCUUUGCCCCAUGUGCAAAGGUGGUGAUUCAGGGGAAAGGUCCUUAUCCCUAUAUAUCUCAGAAGAUGGGGGGGCUGCUGUUUGGAUCUGCUUUUGUGCAAAAUGUGGUUGGAAAGGCCGCACUCUGGCCUUUGCUGAUGGUCGGUCAUCAUAUGGAAGCUUGGGACAAGUUGCAAUUAACAAGAAAAAACGGAAAAUUACAGCUGAGAGUCUACAACUUGAACCACUGUGUGACGAGAACUCGAAGCAAGGGUCACUCGCUAAUCUUCUCCACAAGUCUGGAUUCACAUCAUCCCAAAUGCAAUAUUUCCUUUCGAAGAAUCAUCUUUUCUCGAGGAACUCCAAUUUGCAGGAUGUUGAAAGUUCUGUAGCUGUUCUAUUAUCCUUCGGAUUUCUCCCGGAGGAUCUUGUUUCCAUGGUGCUUGACUGUCCCGCAAUACUGGACUUGGAAUUUCUGAAGAAAUGGGAGGUAAGUUUGUCCCAAAUUGGAUUACACAGUGCUCGGAAUAUGCUUAUAUUGUCCAGACGGUUCAAUCUGGACCCGAGUAUUUUUCAUAGAACUGUAAAUUUCUUGAAACGUUUAGGGCUUAGUGACGCUGCUGUAACUGGGGUUUUAGAGGAUUACCCUGAAAUAUUGUUGUCUAACGAGCAAGAAAUCUCACGAACGAUUGAAUUCCUGAUGGGAAUUGGAAUCCGAAGGGAUGGAAUUGAUCGGAUCAUUCGUUCGCUCCCUAGAGUUCUAGGAUUUAGAGUUGACGGCAGAUUGAAGAGUUUGGUUUCUGAGUUCGAGGAUUUGGGGUUUGAUCAGAACGUGAUUGCAAGAGAAAUUGUUAGGGAACCAAAAAUUCUAGGCACAGAAUUAGGAGAACUUUCGCGAUGCCUAGAGUUGCUUGGAAAUCUAAAAUGCAGGAACUCGAUUAAGGAUGAAAUCUUCCGAGAUGGUGCUUUCAGAGCUGCAUUUGAAGUGAAACAGCGGAUCGACUGUUUAUGUAAAAAAGGGCUAAUUCGUACAGAGGCAUUUAAAUUGCUAUGGAAAGAACCGAGGUUGGUCACUUAUGAAAUAGAGAACAUUGAGAAGAAGAUUGGCUUCUUGAUCCAUAAGAUGAAAUUUGGUAUUGAAUGUUUGAUGGAUGUUCCAGAAUAUUUGGGCAUCAAUUUCAAAAAGCAGAUUGUUCCUCGUUACAAUGUGAUUGAAUAUUUGGGAUCAAAAGGCUGGCUUGGUUCUCAGGUUGGUUUGAGAGAAAUUAUCAAGCCUAGCAGGCUCAAAUUCUACAAUCUGUUUGUAAAGCCUUAUCCAGAGUGUGGGAAGAUGUUCGGUAAAUUCGUGGGAGAUAACGAAACGAAGAGCCCGAGUAGGCAUCCUAUCGGACUAUGGAAGGUUUUCAAACCACAAAGACAUCCAGAAUCAAGAGAAGAUACUGAGAACAUGAAGUCCUUCAUGAAAUCUCUUGUUAAGUGAAAGCUUGGUAAGAGGAAGAAGGGAUCCUCUGGUUAUGGGAAGGCGGUGAAGUAAACAGGUAUGGCUUAUUCGAAUGAUAGGCGUUGAAGCAAAUGAGGGGAACAAGUAGGUUCUUGUUGAAAAUUUGCACAAUAUAAACUCGGUAAUACCGUGCAAACUACCCUAAUAACUCGGGGUGGAAAGAGCAGCAGAAGAACCUACUGGACAACUGGGGAUUGAGAUAUUGGUUACUGUAAUUGCCAAAGGCCUCUUAUUCUUUAGAAAAUGAUGGACUCCUGAACUUUGGUUUUGUUAAGCUCUCCAUUAAUGGAUGAAAACACAUUCGAAUUUUCUCAAAUCGAUGGCUUCGUCACAAUGUAGUUCUUGUUGGAUUUGAAAGAAUGUGGCUGGAAUGGAUGUUCUCAAACCUGGUUAGUAGAACUAGUUCCUAGAAUGCUUAAUGUUGUCUUAUAAGCUGUUUGAAUUGCAAGCUUUGAAUCCAAUUGUGGAAUCAUGCUGAUGAUAGAAUAUACAUGUAUAUUUCUUUUUCCACUUAAAAGCAUAACAGUGUCCAUUUUCGUUGAA